ACCGCAAGAUGACACCCUCGCAGAUGACACCCACCCAGUAUAUAAACCCACACGUUCUUCUCGCUGCCUACAUUAUAACCUUCUCAAUUGGCCUACCAGCUAAUAUCCUGGCCAUGUAUGCUUUUAUCAUAAAGCUUAUCAAAAAGCCCACACCCACAGAUGUCCUCCUCCUGAAUCUGACUCUCUCUGAUCUCCUCUUCUUGGUUUUCCUACCACUUAAGAUGUAUGAGGCAGCAUUUAACUUGAAGUGGUACCUUUCCAAGGACUUGUGUGCUAUCAUGUCAUUUGUCUUUUUCAGCACCAUCUACAUCAGCUCUCUGUUGCUGAUGGCUAUUAGCAUUGACCGCUACUUGGCAGUGGCUUUCCCAGUGACCUACAGGAAGUUUCGCAAGAUUCUUUAUGCCAUCACUGGCAGUAUUUUUAUCUGGCUAUUCGGUGGUGCACACUGCACAAUUGUGCUUUUUGUCAUCUAUAUGAGAGAUGACAACGACACUACAGUUACCAACAUUUGCUACGAGAACUUUAGCAAGAACCAGUACAGUGUUUUACUUCCAGUGCGCCUGGAGAUUUUUGUAGUUGUCUUUUUGGUGCCCUUAGCUAUAUGCGUGUUCUGUUAUCUUAACUGCAUUUGGAUCCUUAGCCAUAAGCCCCGCAUUACAAAGGAGAAAAAGCAGAGGGCCAUUGGAAUGGCGCUGGGUACCUUGAUUGUCUACUUGGUUUGCUUUUUGCCUUUUAACACCUCUCAUCUGGUUGGCUUUAUCACCACAGAAAGCCCAGAGUGGAGGUACUACACGCUGCUCUUAAGCACCUUUAACGCCUGCCUUGACCCCAUUAUCUUCUACUUCUCAUCUAGUGUGUUUCGCAACACUGCCAAAUUGUCUUUCUGGAAAUUUUUCUCAAUUAAGCGCAAACUAGUCUUUAAUAUCCCUCCUACCCUUCACAAUUUGAGCACUGAGUAA